UAGCGUAAACUGCCUGGCAACACUAUCAGCGGUAUACAUGCGUGAUAUUAUUAACAAUAAAAGGAAAGAACUUCGCAAAGUUGCAACUUUUUUAUCAAGAAAAAAGUUUUAUAUUAUUAGAACAAAAAAUAAGGUCGCAAUAUCAUAUAAAUAACAAUGUCCGAUAACGAAAAGAAUGUACCCGAAGGAUGGGAAAUACGUACUAGCCGAUCUACUGGUUUAACCUAUUACUUGAACAUCUACACCAAGGAAUCUCAAUGGGAUAUGCCUACGGAACCGGCUAAAAAGGAGGUCUCUUCCAGUGGUCCAAAUGAAGUUCGUUGCUCGCAUUUAUUGGUAAAGCAUAGUGGCAGUCGUCGCCCUUCCUCAUGGCGUGAGGAGAAAAUAACGCGCAGCAAAGAGGAAGCCAAGGAAAUUCUUGAGGACUAUCGUAAGCAAAUCGAAAACGGUGCCAGUUUGGAUGAACUAGCACAAAAGUAUUCCGAUUGUAGUUCAGCCAAGCGAGGAGGUGAUUUGGGCAUGUUCGGACGUGGCCAAAUGCAAAAACCUUUCGAAGAAGCUGCUUUCAGUUUGAAAGUGGGACAACUAUCGAAAAUUGUCGAUACAGACUCAGGAUUGCAUAUUAUUUUACGCACAGAAUAGAUUCAAGGGAUGGAUGACUGGUGUACUGUAAUGAUGAUUGGAAGCCAAAAGUAGCAUAGAAUUAUGUUUUUUUUUUUUAAUUUUUGUUCUAUUAAUGAAAAAGGUUUGGACUUCCAACAAAAGUCUGCUGCUAAUUUUGCAUUUUUUUUUUGAACAUAUUAAAAUACCAACAAACUUACUACUACUACUCAUGGGGCGAAGACUCCCUCACGUUAAGUGAAGAAAAUACGUUUAAUUUGUUAAAAGAAUAAUAUUUUUAUGUAUUCUUUCUUUUUAGAAUAAAAACAUUUUAACUUAAUAAAACAUUAUUUAAUUUAAAAUAA